AUGAGAAGGUACCAGCAGGAGCUAAGGGCACAGAAAGAACAAAGAACGACGAGGCUGCUGCAAUUGGUAGCGGCUGGUGCAGAAUGGCAGGCCAUUAUCGAGAAGAAAGCGCUUGCAUCCUUGAAGCUACAAUCAGUGGCUGACAUAUUGCGGCUGGGACGAAUCGUCGACCGCAGACGAGAACGCUACAUCAAGAGGAUCCGCUUACAUAUUGAAUUGGCAGAUUACGGCCACGACGUAUGCCAGCUUGCCGAGGACAAGAAUACCAUGAGAAAGAACAAUAGGAUAUUCAGUCGACAUCUUAUACUUCUUCUCAAUACCCUCUCCCAAUGGAAGGACAGCAGCGGUGUGACGUUGGACCUCAGCGCUGCUUCACGCAGCGACGCUCUGCACAGCUUCAAGAAGCUGGAAAGAGAUAUGGACGACUGGGCGUGGGCGGAUAUUUCAUUGACUCAUGGUUGGGGUCUCGGGGCGAGGAAACGUACCCUGGGGAGCCUGCUGAACUUGGUUUCCCACAACAAUGUCCAGGUCGUCCUGCCACCGGUCCCAGCCGUGGCCAGAUUCAUUCUUACCCGACGUCACUUCCGAAGCUUUUCCCCUGAAACUGUGAGGCUAGUCCUUGGAUGCUUCCCGAAUCUGGAACAGGUUGCAUAUGAGCCUUACGCAGGCCUUGACGCCAAGAGUCAGAGUGAGCGUGACGCCGCAAAUACGGCCUUGCUGAGGAACCUUCCCAAUUUCACUCGGACCGUAUCGCUUUGGGAAUACGAUAGGGUAUGGCUGAACGAAGAUCCCCCCAAGAACAUUGACCAUGACUUGGUGCUAGCUGCGGUGGAAGCAAGCCACCGUCUGGAAUCCCUCUGCGUCACAUUCGCCUUAGAAGCGCACGACUUCUUCAGCGCGAAGCCUCCGUCAAGUUUUGCUCCGUGGCGCAGCCUCCACACUCUAUCUCUGACGUCAAGCUACCUAACGGCAGACUCUGCGUUGGCGAACAAGGUUCUGCUCGCGGCGGGAGAGAAGGCACAACUCAUGCCCCAGUUACGGAUCAUGGAAUUGUGGCAUCAUGCUCGGGGGAAAUCUAGUGGAAGAUUAGGGUGCUUUUUGUUUCGGUAUGAAGCUGGGAACGGACUGGUGAGGGCCACCGUUCACCGCGACAAGUUGUCGGCGUUUAGCCUCGCGAAGGAGGUCAAAGAGGCUUGGAAAGCUGUGGCCGGAGGCAUGCUUGAGUUUCGAGUGAUAGUUUUGGAGCAGUUGUAUGCCUCUUACAUUCAGUAUCCUACGGCUGGCAGGCUCCACGGAGUAUUGAGGCAGGAUUUGGGAGGUGGCCCUGCAGGGAUGGGAACGUGA